AAAGGAGAAAAAAAAAAAUAUAAUAUGGACCGACAAGACUCUCUACCGUCUUCAUCUCGCCGGCAAACACCGCCGCAGGAGAAACGACGCCGUGCCAAAUCUAUCGGUUGCAUGUCCGGAAUCUUUCAACUCAUCUCCAAAUACCAGAACAAAACCAAACGCAUCACAUCUGGCAAAAAGAGAGGAAAAGGCAGUGAGGAGUCAUCUCCGGCGGCGGCGGCGGCGUCCCCGGUGAGAGUGAUGACACAAGAUGAUCAAAGGGAAGUGAGAAUAGAAAGAAGCCCGGCGCUGCCGCCGGAGAUCCGCCGGGAAAACGCCAAAGUCCGGCCGGCAUUGGUCGAGAGGCUGAUGGGGUUGGAGGAGAAACCGGCGGCGGCGGAAGGGGAGUGGCUGAUAACGACGGAGGAGAAGAGAAAGAUGCUGCUGCAAGCAAUAGAGAAGUGUAACCAAGACUUGGAGGCGCUUAAGAGUAUUAUAAAGUCGGUGCGAUCGUCACCGGCGAAACCGCCGUCGGCCGCCGUGUUGGACGACCGGGCGAUGAUAACACGUUCCCCGACUUUGGGCAGAAUUCACAGUAAUAACGGUUCGUUCCCAAUUUCCCAAAUCCUUUUUUUACGCCGAUUUUCUUGCAUUAUUCCAUGCCAAAGUAUGGGUUUUGUCUGAAACUAUAACGAUGAUUAUCAUUAUAUAUUUUGACGGAACAGUUUUUUUCAAUUAGAGUGAAAGUUUUUAUAAAAUGUUAAUGAUGUUAAGAUUAAUUCUAAAAAUAUUAACGCUAAAGACUACGUCAGAUAGUUUAUGCUAACCUCUAACGCUGAUGUUAAACGGGACGGUAUUCCAUACUCCGUAUAAUUUACUUUUCAUAUGAAAUACGUAGUAGUACAUUUUUAUAUGCAUUUGAGGUGUGUAUAAACAUUUACCAUUAUA